UAAAAAUAUUAAAUAUAAUAGAAAAUAUUCUGAAAAAUUUGAACUAAAUUCGUAAUAUAAAUGUCUAUACCAUUUUGUCAGUGCACGUACAAGCUCAGGAACGAAUGCGAGCACGCAUACGGCUCUGCUAACAGUUAUAAUAGAAAGCGCCACGAAGACCCCGAUUAUGUGGAUGAGCAUGCCUUGCAUUUCAUACGCACAUUCAGCGAUGAGACGCACAAAAAUUAUUUGUUAGCUCGUCACUUGAAGGCCACUUCGAACGGACAGUGGAAAACGUUGCAAUGGCUUAUGCAAGGAGACUUGGAUGCGGUCUUGGACAAGCGGAUGGCUAAAAAGACAUUUGGUAAAGGUGCAGAAACCGCAAGAACUGCAAAGACCGCAAAGACCGAAAAAACCGCAACGACAUACGCCGGCCAGGAGAAGGUCGAUAAGUCCUUAUAUGUGCCUUUAACCAAUUAUUUUGAUCCGGAAACUAUUGGACAAUUAGUCCCCCAGAGACACAAAUCUAAACAUGUUUUAGACUACACCGUGAAGAGAAUCAAAGCUGAUAAGCAAGAUCUGGAUGUUCAUGCUAGUAAAAUUGAAGAAAAAGAGCUUAAAAUAUCUCCAGACAAUAUGAAACGCGGUCUUGGCACUAUAGGAAUUCCGCGUAUUGAUGGGGAUCUCGAGCGAACUGGACGAAAAUCAUAUCCAACAGCCGGUUAUGUAAAAAGUUAUCGGCAUAGUGUAGAGAAGAUUAAAAUGAAGAGCUUCAUAAAAACAAUGAGUCAAUUCUACGCAGAUGUUACCGAACCGCCACCAACCGAUACAGACAGUGUGGAGGAGUUGAGGCAAACACUACAAGAGGAAUUCUUUAGAGCUUUAUCAUAUAAGAUGCCCUCUUAUAGAGAAGAGGAGGAAACAAAGCUGCGUCUAUCUGCGGUUAUCAGAAUUCUAAAGACCAUGCCAGGCUAUGAAGCUUUUGAGCGUGUUUUGUUUCAUGAGCCUUUUGAUCGCGACAAACCAUGGACCUGGCUGCGCACUUUCCCGAAACGUAUUCCUAAGGAAUAUUUGAAAAGAGUAUCAGAGAAUAUUGUAAAUGAUAUGAAAAAGUGGAAACGCCAGCAGAAGAUUAUUGCCAUGACAUAUUCUCCACUCAGACGAGCAGCUAUAGGUGGUAUAAAAAACCCCAGGCUUCGAAAGAAGCGUGGACGGAAGAAUUUAAGAAGUCAAAACACAAAAGAGGACCAAGACGAUGACGACUAUUAAGUGCGUGGAAUGUUGACACACAUAGCAGCGCGUUUGUGAAUGGGAGAGAUAAACGAAAGUAAUAUAAUGGGUUGUACUAAACCGGGAAAAAUUCUUCCUAAAAGCCGAUGGAAUUUAUCAAAUAAGAGCAGAAGCCAAACCGCUCUAAUUGUGCUUAUUGAGCCUUUGUGAUUCAAAAAUUUUCGGUACUAAAAAUUCUACAAUUGCGAUUUUUUGGGAUAACAUUUUUUGGAACUUUUUCUUCCCAUGAAAGUCAGCAGUUGUGAUUUUUCGGCACUAAUUUUUUCGGUAAAACUUUUUGGAGUAAAUAUUUUUUCCAAAGAGUCCUCUCUCUCUCCCAAUUUUUGGAACAAAAUAUUUUGA